AUGGCGCACAAAAUGGCCGCUGCAACUAGUGCUCGGUGGUGGUGUCUUGUGGUGCUGGUGGUGUCCUUUGUCACACUUGGUGCAGUUGAAUCGGCCUCGACCAGGCUCGGUAUGGUGCAGGACGACGUGAAGCUAGUGGAAGACAGUGAAGGAAACGAACCGACGGGAGACUCGAGACCAUCGUUUAGUGUCUACGAUUACUUGGUUGUCGCAGCCAUGCUGGUCAUCUCAAUAGGCAUCGGCGUCUUUUACGGAUGGUUUGGGCCGAAGGGCGCAUCGGAUGCGGAUGGUAGCGAAGCAGCCUCUAGCGACGACUUCCUGCUUGGUUCGGGCAUGAGCCUGUUUCCGGUGACGCUUAGUCUUACCACCAGCUUCAUCACGGCGAUCGAGCUGCUCGGUAACCCGUCGGAGAUGUUCUUCAAUGGCACCCAGUUCUCGCUAAUCGUCAUCUCGAUGGUUCUGGUUGUGCCGAUUGCGGUGAAGGUAUUCUACCCCAUCUACUACAAAUUGGAGGUCACGAGCUGUUACGAGUAUCUCGGGAUGCGGUUCGAUAAGCGGAUCAGAGUUUUCGGUGCGGUACUUUACAUUCUCCAGAUGCUGUUCUACACGUCGGUAGCCGUCUUGGCACCUGCCAUCGCCCUCUCGGAAGCAACAGGUCUGAACAAGUACAUUGCCGUCGUCUUGAUCUACUUUGUGUGCAUCUUCUACUCGUCGCAGGGUGGCAUGAAGGCGGUCGUUAUCGCUGAUACGUUCCAGGCUAUGGUGUUGCUACUGUCGCUCAUACUAAUACUCGCACUCGGUACGCACUACUCGGCCGCACUGCCCGAAGUGUUUAGCCGUGCCGAGGAACACGGAAGGAUUGAAUUUUUCAACUUCGAUCCCAAUCCGACAACCCGUCAUUCGGUGUUUUCCGUCAUCAUCGGUGGCUUUUUCUACUGGACCUCGAUGUUCUGCACCAAUCAGGCGUCCGUUCAAAAAUGCAUGUCAUUAAAAUCGUUGAAAACGGCCAAACUUGCACUCUAUUUCUCGCUGAUCGGAUUGAUUGCGGUGUUUUUGAUGAACUUCUACACGGGAUUGAUGACUUUUGCCCACUAUUCCGACUGUGACCCGCUGGCGGCGGGCCAGAUCACGGCCAAGGAUCAACUGCUACCGUUCUACGUGAUGGAUGUGUUCGGACAUAUCAAAUGCAUGACGGGCAUAUUUGUGGCCGGAAUAUUUGCGGCAAGCUUGGGCACCGUGGCAGCGGCACUGAACUCGCUGGCGGCGGUCACAUCCGAGGAUCUGCUCGAGUCCGGUAUGGAGAUAAAGAUCCCGGACGGGAAGGGUGCACUGUACGCGAAGUGGAUGUCCCUGGGCUUCGGAUUGGUUUCGUUCGGUUUGGUAUUCGUGGUGGAACGACUCGGUGGCAUUCUGCAGGCCACCCUUACACUGAACGGGCUGAUCGGUGGCGUCACGCUUGGACUGUUCAGUCUUGGCAUCUUUUUCCGACGAGCAAACAGUAAGGGUGCGCUUCUCGGUGGAAUCCUAUCGCUAGUGCUGGUCAUUGUGGUGGGAGUGUUGGCACAGGUGAACAAUGAAGAAACACCACCACUGCCCUCAUCGGUGGACGGUUGUAAUGCGACGAUCCCGCUAAACCACGAAGGAUUCGCAUACGAAAUAGCGCCAUCCGAUGGUUCGGUUAGCUUGGCGCUGCAGAGCCAAGGACAUGAAGCUUUUGAGCAGCUUUUAUCGAUCGCCACUAGGGACGGUUGGAGCGAUGCAGGAGAGUUGGAGAAUCAUUUCUACAGACUGUCCAAUGACGAUGCUGCAGCUUCCUUGCAGAGUGAUGUGAUAAAAGCAUCCACCAGACAGGAGGAUUCAACCGAUAGUUCGUCCUCAUGGUUUGCGGCCGUAUACGGAAUCAGCUACAUGUGGUACAGUUGCCUCGGGACAUUACUGACGGUGAUCUUCGGCUUACUCAUCUCGCUAUUCACAUCGGACAAUUCCUGCAGUUGCUGGAACCGGUCUACCGUUGAUACGGUUCUACCCACCAGUAAGUGCGGUACCCUCCAAGGAAUCAAUCCAACCUGCUGUCGACAGUGGAGCUGGCAAACGUAG